AAUUUAAUAUGGUGUCAGCAAAGAGGUUUAAUACCUCUUAAACUUGUGGACUUAGUCUUGUUGACUUACAAGCUGCUUACAUGCUUGUUAAGCAAGUGCUGAAGUUGAUUCAUGUAUUAAAGAAGUAACAGUCAGGCUAAGGGCUUCACGUUGGAGGUAAGCUGAAACUGAAGAGUACAGUCAGCCAUCUCCCUGUGUCGCUGUCUCAGUCUCUCUUUUUCUCUUUUUUCCCCUCCCCUGUUUUAUUUGGGACUGGAUUUAAGGAUCAACAGAUGUUAAAGAAUAAUGCUUUGAACAGCAGUCUUCCAGCCAGGGCCUGCACCAAGAAUGCCUGCUUCUAAGAAGGCUGACGUUGCUAGUCAUUGAAUUACAAGGAAAAACAUUAUUGUGUUCAAAGCCAGUAAAACAUGGGUCUAAUUAAAGGCAGAAAUCGUAAUGUCAGUGAACAGCUGUGACUAUUACAGGGCAAUAUCUGCCUUCCUGCAGGUGACUGCUAUGAAUCCUCCUACACACAGCUCUGCAUAUUUCAACAGAGGUUUACAGAGCAGCUUGUGUAUCUUCCAGAUCAGUUGGUCUUACCUACUGAAAGAUGAUGGAGUGUCAGAAAUCUUCUCUUAAAAAUUCCAGAUUUUCCUGAAGAAAUUUGUUGCAAAGAAGUUGCUUUUAUUGUUGGAGGAUGUUUUUAAGGAUUUUUUUUUUUUUUUAAAUGCACCCAUCUACAUGUGUAGAAACACACACACAAUUUUUCUUCUGAUUUGGAUUUCAAAUGUGUUUCAUAGAAUCCAGAAGGUUGUCUCUCCUUUGUCAAUAUUUGUGACUGGUUAAUGAUCAACCUCUUGACCUCAUGGCUGUUCUUGGUGUACAUCCAAAUCUCUCUCCUGUCUUCCCCUAAAAAAAAUAAAGAAAAAAGUGAGUAUAAUUGCAUGGUUCUGUGUAAAGUGAAUGCAUUCUGGAUCCUGCGUUUUUGGAAAAAUGAUACAGGCAGCAAAGAGGUACGUGCUGUCAAAUCCUGGUAAAUUAUUUAGCCUGGGAAGGUAAUAUGAAGAAGUACAAACUUCUGUCUUGUAACUUUUACUGCCAGGUAUGUGGUAGAUGUUUCCUCAUUGGGGUUUGUGCAUAUGGUCUUACUUGACAAGAGCAUCAGUAAUUACACAGCAGUUGCUGUCAUUAGAAACUGCUGGCUGAAGUGUGCAGCUCAGCCCUAGCCUGGGAUCCUUCGCAGUUUAAACAAGGCUGUCGCUGGAACUGGCUUCUCGCUUCAGGCCUGAUCCGUGCCUCCCGUGUUCAGCAUAGCUUUUUUAUUACUUUUGUGGGCUUUGGAUCAGACCCUGCACCACAUCCUGGGCUAGGUCAAUCUCUGUACGUUGCCUUGUGAACUGUUGGGAUUCCUGUUGUAGUGUACAGCAUCGGUGUGGCUUGGAGGAACAAUGGACAUCAGAUCAAAAUGAACAGGGAAGUUGGCAGGAAGUCAAAGUGUUCUGAAUGCUCACUAGAAUGGAGAGCAGUUCCUCGCUUGUAAUGUUUCUCCUACUGAUGUGCUCCAUCAACAGCAGCUGUCUGUUUUCAUAUUCAGUGUUUAUGAGAAAAGAUGAAGCACAUGAGGUGCUGAAAGUCCAUAAACGUGCUAACUAUUUCCUAGAAGAGAUUCUUCCAGGGAACUUGGAGAGAGAAUGCAAUGAGGAAAAGUGUUCAUUUGAGGAAGCUAAGGAGAUCUUCCAUUCACAGGAGAAAACGAUGGAGUUUUGGUUCAAUUACAAAGGUUUAAAUCCAUGUAGUACAAAUCCCUGUAACAAUGGUGGAGUCUGCAAAAUAAGACACUACAAUUACUUUUGCAUCUGCCCCCCAAAAUUUGGAGGAGACAACUGUGAAAAAGAGAAGUUUGAAUGCUGGUAUAAGAACGGUGGGUGCUGGCAGUACUGCAGGGACGGCAGCAGCGCCUUUCAUGUGGUGUGUUCCUGUGCAAAGGAUUACACCCUGCAUGAGGACGGGAAGAGAUGCGUGCAAGCAGCACCAUUUCCAUGUGGCCUCAUUAAAGCCAGGCAGGCUCUGGAGGAACAGCGGCUGGGGCAGAAAAGGCUACCGAGGGGGCUGCGUGAGCACAGGAAUGAUGAUGUAGCCAAGUGGAAUGAGAGUACGGAGGGUGCAGUUAGGCAAAUGGAGUUGGAACAAAGUGCUGUUGGGGAAAAUGGGCCCUUAAAGGAUGCCUUUGGGCAGAGCAUGCACAUGGAGGGUGACGCUGGACAAACUGAGGUGGCAGGAGAUGCUUCCAGCUGGAACAAGACCCUGGUGGACUUCAUGACCCAGAAGCCGCUGGGGGAUGGUGCUGCUGGGCAGGAGGCGGCUGUCCCUGCGCAGGACGAGGCAGUGGAGGGGGCUGCCAGGACUGGCGAGCCUGGGAGAGGCCUGGCUCCGAGGACUGAGCCAACCCCAGGCCCUGCAUGGCAGAACGAGACCACGGCGCCUGCUGCUCGGCAGAAAGAAAGGGUGGAAAAUGCUGCUGGGCAAAACCAAACAGGGGCCGUUCAAACCGUGCGUGAUGGGCUUAAUCAGAGCAGUGACUGGGGAAACGUUUCAGCCACACCUCAGUUCGUCCAGGUAAACGUCAGCUCUACCUUAGAGCACAGUGACUCCAGGAUAACGGGAGGAACUUUGUGUCGUCGUGGACAUUGCCCGUGGCAGGUUUUGAUCCGGAAUAGUAAAGAUACUGGUUUCUGUGGAGGGAGUUUAAUCAGCAGUCGCUGGGUGGUCACUGCUGCUCACUGCCUUGAUCUCGUCAGACCACACCAUGUUACCGUAGGAGACUUCGACAAAUACCAAAGAGAAUUCAAAGAACAGAAGAUUGGUGUGGAACAGACCUGGACACAUCCACAUUAUGAUUCAAAUCACUACAACGGUGACAUCGCCUUGUUGUACUUGAGCAGUGAUGUUAUUUUUAAUGAGUAUGCAAUUCCCAUCUGCCUUCCAAGCCCUAACCUUGCCACCCUGCUAUCUGAAGAAGGAAGAAUAGGGAUGGUAAGCGGAUGGGGUGCCACUCACGACAGAGGUUCGACUCUGCGCUUCCUCAUGAAAGUCCAGCUGCCCAUUGUGAACAUGGAGACCUGUCAGCGGUCAACAGACAGACUCAUUACUGACAACAUGUUCUGUGCAGGUUACAACACUGAGGUUGCAGACACCUGCAAAGGGGACAGCGGUGGCCCUUUCACAGUGCCUUACCACAACACUUGGUUUCUCUUGGGGAUUGUAAGCUGGGGGGAGGGAUGUGCUGAAAAAGGAAAAUACGGUGUAUAUACGAGAGUGUCCAACUACAUCCCCUGGAUUCAAGAGAUUGUUGAAAGUGUAGCAGAUUCGGAAAACGUUUCCAUUAACUUCUCUAAAUACCACUUUUAAAAGUGGGGACAACUCUAAUAGACUGUUUCAGUCUAUAAGACACAAUGCAGUUCCUCUCCCUUAAUGGUAUAAAAUCAAGAUUAUUGUUGAAGCGAUUUUGAGUCUGUUUACCACAAAUGGUUAAAUUGUUCAUUCAAGUAUUACUGAGUAAAAUACUUGUAUAUAAUAAAAGAACUAUUCUGCAAAUAACAAA